AUGCUUCGAUUCCAUGCGUUGCUCCUGGCUGUUCUCUUCCUGACUACAGUAUUUGCAACUCCUAUCCAACAAAAGCAGAAACAAAAACGCUCCUUUAAAAUCCCUCGCAUACGCAACGCCAAUUACAAGCCUAACGGCAGAGCAGCUUACAAAAGAGCACUCUUUAAAUUCGGUUUCAAUGACAUCAGCUUCUUGCCCGAGGGAGAGGUGGCCACCAGAAUCAAAGCAGCAACCGCCGCAGCGGUCAAUGCGACAGACAAGGAAGAUGGCGAGACUACCGCGUCUCCGACUCAGAAUGAUGCCCAGUUCCUGUCACCUGUGACCGUUGGUGGCCAGAAAUUGAUCAUGAACUUCGAUAGUGGCUCAUCCGAUUUCUGGGUUUUCAACACCAACCUCGCGAAGUCUGCUCAACAAGGCCACACAGUCUACGAUCCAACCCAAUCAACCACCUUUCAGAAGCUCGAUGGCACUUUCAACAUUACCUACGGCGACGGGUCUUUUGCUUCCGGCCCCGUCGGCGUAGAUCAAGUCGAUAUUGGUGGCGCUACUGUGGCAGCCCAAGCCAUUGGUCUUCCGGAUACAGUCGGCAGCAGCUUUAUAACUGAGUCCGCAUCGAACGGCCUCGUCGGCCUUGCUUUCAGCAGCCUCAACACGAUUCAACCUAAACCCCAAAAGACCUUUUUCGACAAUAUCAUCAACGACCUCACGCUGCCAGUUUUCACGGCUCAACUGAAGUCCGGCCAGGUCGGUGCUUAUGAGUUCGGCAACAUUGACACUACGGCAUUCAAAGGUAAUCUCACCACCGCUGCGGUGGAUUCGUCCCAAGGUUUCUGGGAAGUCUCCUCGGCAUCCGCGGUAGUACAAGGCCAGAAUGUGGAUAUUCCCAACGGCAGAGCCAUCAUCGACACAGGCACAUCACUGAUGCUGGUGUCCGAUGACUUGGUUGUGGCAUACUGGAACACUGUCGAGGGGGCGCAAGUGAGUCAAGAGGCCGGCGGUGUGAUUUUUCCAUGCAACACCGCUUUGCCAGAUCUUCAGGUGGCGAUAGGAAAUUCGUACCUCGCAACGGUGAAUGGGGAUGGCAUGAAUUUUGCCGAAGUUGGGACAGAUACCCAGACUGGAACCGAUUUCUGUUUCGGUGGUCUACAGUCCAAUCAGGGCCUUCCUUUCUCCAUCUACGGAGAUGUCUUCUUCAAGUCUCAAUUCGUCGUCUUCGAUGGCUCAACGCCCUCGAUCAGUAUCGCGCCACACGCUUAG